UGGUUUGUCGAAGAACGUGUAACGUAGAUGUGUCAUCGGUCCACGAUGAUUUUAGAUCUUAUACAUCAUUUGUUCUUCAUUGUGGGAGUAAGAAGUUCUUUCAAGUGAUAAAUUUAAAAAAUAUUGGCAGAUAGAGAACGAAAAGGAAAUUAAAAGAAUACGAAGACAUUUAAUCAUGUUGUGUAUGGACAAAUGAAAAAAUUUUCGUUCUGCUUAAUCAUUUUUUUUUUUCAAUUUUUUUCGCCGCACAAGUGUAAUCGAGCAAACUUGGUUAGUUUUAUGACUACACGAAAAUCUGUGAAGGCAUAUAUCACGAAAGGAUGCGGGGAUCGCACAAAAACAGAAGCUGGAGCUUCUUAAACGUGUGUAAAAAGCCUUGAUAAAAAAAGCAAGUCCCCAACUGUGAGAGUAGGCAUUCGCAGACUCGUCACGUGCGCUUGGUGCAUACGUUUCGUGUGUUCAGACAGUAACAAGAGACGAGAAUUUGAAAAAAAAUGUUACUAUUUCUAGAAAUUGCUAAUAUCUAGGAUUACCAUUGAAUUUACGAAAUCCAAACAUGAAUUAAUAAAAUCCAAACAUGAAUUGUUAAAAUUUUCGAUAAUAACGUCGUAUUUUUAAAGUUUAGAAUAGAAUACAUAAGUUAGGUUAUGUUUAAAUUAUGUUUCAAUAAAAUUUUCGAUAUUACAUAUAUUUUUGAAAUAGAUUUAGGAUAGAUUUAAUGCAGAAUAGGUUUAAGUUAGAUAAAUUUGAUUUUUAGAUUAUGUUCGAGUUGAAUUUGGUAAUAAAUAAUUAAUAAAUUAAAUUUGAAUUAUAAUAAUUAGGUUUGAAUUAGAUUAAAUUUUUAAAUUAUAUAUUAUUUUAUUUAAUUUAGAUAGUAAUUAAAUAAGUUUGAGUUUAUAGUAUUACAUUAUUAUGUGAAAGUUAUAAAAUCAUAAUUGUAUUGAAUGUAAUUCUUCAUAAUGUUCAUAAUUAUUUUCAUAUCAUUCAAUUGUUUUUUAUGUUUCGCAUUCUUAAUAUUUUGAAACAACAUUUAUAAUUAUAUGAAAAAAGUUUUUUAUAGUAUAAUUAAAACAUUUUUAAUCGUAUAUCUUAAUCUUUCUUAGUGUUUCUUAUUUUUAUUAAUAUUUGCAUGAUGAUAAGUUUCAUUAUGAAGAAGUUCCUGUUUAGAAUAAUGUGACGUAUUUUAAAUGCGCACAAUUUAUUAUUGUAAUAUCAUUUAAUUAUAACGUAGAAUAAAUAAUUUUCAUAAUCAUAAAAGAUGCAACAACUAUGUAAUUAAAUUAAAUUGUUGAAACAUAGGUUAAUUGUUUCAUAUGCGUUCUCAUGCUUUCUACCAUUAAGAGUUUGCAGAAAUUCCCUAGAGGAAUUGAAUUGAUAUUUUUAUAUUAUUUAAAAAAUUGAACUGAAUUUAUUUUUCCUUAUAUUUAUCGAAUUAGUGAUGUCUAGUACAGUAAUAUGUAUUUGUAGAGAAAGAGGACGAGACCAUUGAAAAGAUUAUAGACAAAAAUAUAUCCUCCAUGUUUAUGGAUUUUCUUUUCUUUCUACGUUGUGUCUGUGAAAACUAUGUUUAUGCAAAUUGUCGGCAAAACAGACGCAUGCGAAUUGUUCCCUUCGAAUGGAAAGGAUGGUUUUUAAAGAUGAAUCGAUAGUUUCUCUCUUUACAACGGUUUUAGCAUUUCUUGUUUUUCUUGCUCAAUGAAUUAUAAUGAAGAAGAAAAAACAUUGUAUAUUUUUAUAACAUUGUAUAUAUCUAAUCUAUUAAUAUAAGUUAUAUUAUUCUAUUUUUGCUAUUAUUGUUGUAUAUAAUCAAGCAUUGCCAUUGUUAUUAAAUUAUUAUAAUUAUGAUAAGUUAUUAUAAUUAUAAUAAGUUAACUAUAUUGUAAUAUACAUGUAAUUCGGAAUAAUAUAACAAAUAUUCUAUACUUUAAAAAAAAUUCUCUUAGAAAUUAUUAAUGUUUAUUUACAUACGAAUAUUUCAAUAUCGAUGCGAUAUAAAAAAUCAUCGUAAACGUUUGUUUAAGAAAAAUAUACUUGUAAAUCAAAGUGUUAACAUCUUGUAUAAACAAAGUAUUUAUCGCCUUUGAUUAUUCGUUUUGUUUCCGUAUUUACUACAGAAGCAAAUCGAUUGAAUCGUAAUCGGUAAAAUCACGCGAGCGAAAAUGACGAGGACAAGUGAAAGAGUUGGAUAACUAACGACGGAGAUGGAGAAUAGAAGGAAGAAGGGAUCAAGCGGCGGUGAUGGUGGCAGAAGCGAGAGAAAGACACGACAGUGCUGAGAAAGAGCGUCUCAGUCGUGGGAGCACGCCUGCCUCCAUCGUUUCUUUUUGAUCUGCUUCGGUCUUCGGUACCACCACUGCCUCUUGGCCUCAGUCGAGACUCGGUGAGCUCGAGGUGCUUCUCGUAAUGGAGCCCUAUCUUGUUUCUCGGUUUCUCGAUCGUCCAAAUAAGAAACAAAACGAUUUACAAUAUUUUUCGAAACUUUAUCGUGAGUUAUUUUGAUCUCUAAAUCUUUUCAAAGUUUCGUCCCAUAAUUCAUUGACAUUUGUACAUAUAAAUUGCAUUGUAUGAUGAGUUUAUAAGAAAGUUUAUCAUGUGUGUGAUGUCGAUGGUUUCGUUUCUUUAGUGUUAAUAUGAUUAGUGAAUUUAGGAUCGUUGAGAAGCUUAAAAUUUGCUUAUCAUCAAUCAAAGACAUCAAUUUACGUAUCAGAGGAUGAUUAUUAUAAAAAUAUAUAAAAGUGUCAAAAUAUAAGUGACAUCAUUUCAAUUUGAAUAUUCUUCAAAGAAUGAACAAAUAUGAAGAUGAAGGGAAUAAAAAUAUGUGGCAACAGUAUCAGGUGAUCGGCGAAUGAUUCUUCAUCCGGUCCCAUAAAAUCGCAUUUCUACUUUUACCGUAAUAAAAACUAGCUUGAGGUACGUUUUUUCAAGCGAGAUACCAAGCAGAAUUCUCAAGGCGCUCGCGGAUGAAACUUGGUUUGAAUGAGAAAAACGCGCGUGAAUCUUGAUUCUGGAGCAUAGAUGAUUCGUAUAUCACGAGGAAGGAAAAAUAAUUAUCGCGAAAGCGAGAGGAAAAAACGCGAAAACAAAAGAGAAAGAACCUUGGAAAGUUUUGUUUUUUCAACGAGAUGCCAUUGAACAAAGACGACGAGGAGUCGCUGAAGGCGCAUCACUUGCUUCACAGAUCAUGUCGCGGCAAGGCGCACGGAAAUGGAAUAGCGAAACAAAGCAAUCGUCGUGCAACCAUCUCUUUUCCCGCCACCAGGUACUCGAAAGACCGAGAUUCCAUCAUCUUGGACGAGACUAAGUCCGCCAAUAGAAGAAUAACCAGGAAUGGCACCAGUUCCUGGGAAUGCAGCGACAGCGACAGCCUGCACUCGUCCGGGAAUAUCUCGAUUUGCACCCCUGCUCGAGUACACGGUGGUACGAGCGCUAAGAAGAAGGCUAAUCGAAAUCAAUACGUGUCCCCUUGUUUGUCGAAAAUUGGCGCGAAGAGCAGCAGGAGGAAGGAGAGUUGGGCGGAUACGCUACGGGUCGGUUCGAUCGACGACGAUCGGAUCAAGAGAAUGGAGGAGGGUUGGGAUGACAGCAGCGUGAUCAAGACACCUAGAGAGCGGAAGUGGAGGAGGAUCACGGCGGAGAUAGAACAAAGGGUGCCUAGUGGCAAGUUAGCCGGCGAUUUUAGAAUUCAGGGGCUGAAAGGGGGUUCAUUGAGGAGUUGGAACAAUGGCCCGCAGAAACGAAACCGGAAAACUACCGCGUCUCAGAGGAAAUUGAAACCGAUCGAGGAUAUCAUCGAGUGGGAGGAGAUCGUGGAAAUGGCCCUGGCUAAGAAGAUAGGACGUGGAAAGAGGAAAAGAAAAUGCGAGAACGGCGAGGACGUAGUCGACGAAGGUGUAAAUCGUCGGCGAAUGGAGGGUGAGCCGGCGAAUGACACGGGGCUGUGCAUGAAACGCCUCGAGGUGCUUCUGCAGAAUAGACUACCGCCGCAAACGGGUGAGGCGCGAUCCGAGGAGCAUCUUGCACAAGAACAAGCAUGGAUGAGUUCUGAGAGAAUUUGGUUGUUACAUCGGGGUGGUUUCACCCCUGCGACGAAAUGUGGUUCGGCAGAUCCAGAUACAGGAAAGCUGAGGAUUCGUUUGACUACUUCCGGCGAAGAACUUUUGGUCGACGAAGAAGAUGUUGAAAAGGCCAAUCCCCCUCAGUUUGACAAGGCCGAGGAACUCUCGCAAUUACGUUUUCUCAAUGAAUCUUCUGUUCUCCACACACUGAGGCAACGUUACGCCAGUAAUUUAAUCCACACUUAUGCGGGAGAUAGCAUGAUCAUUAUCAAUCCGGUGGCGCCAUUGGCAAUUUACUCGGAAAAGGCAACACAUAUGUUUAGAGGAUGUAAAAAUGAGGAUAUGCCACCGCAUAUUUAUGCGAUGGCGCAAGCAGCUUAUAGAGGGAUGUUGGCAACUCGAAGAGAUCAUUCCUUAGUUUUUCUUGGUCGUAGCGGAUCAGGAAAAACGACAAAUUUUAAACAUGCUCUUCAUUAUCUUGUAUUGGCUGCAGGUACAGUUAACAAGAUUUUGACUAUCGAGAAACUCAACGCCCUAUUCACAGUCUUGGAGGCUUUUGGAAACAGUAGAACACAUAUGAAUUCCAAUGCAACGCGAUUUACACAAUUGUUUAGUUUAGAUUUCGAUCAAUCAGGGCAAAUAGCAUCAGCUUCUUUACAGGUGUUGCUUUUGGAAAAAUCAAGAAUAGGUAGAAGAGCAAAUGGAGAUCCAACUUUCCAUGCGAUUUAUCGUUUACUGGCAGGUGCAGAGGGCGCUCUCAGAAAAGAAUUGCACCUUACAAAUCUAGUCGCAGAAAAUAAUACUUUUAUUACACCUCUGCAAAAGCACGAGGAUAAGCAACGUGCUAUGGUUGAGUUUAAUCGAAUCGUAGCCGCCUUUAGAAUUCUUGGAGUGUCCGAGUCUGAUGAGAAAGUCAUUUGGCUGGUCCUUGCCGGUAUAUAUCAUCUGAGUUGUGCUGGUGCAGUUAAGGCUGGCACUAGUUCGCAAAGUCGAUGGCAGUUCGCGAGAGUAGAGUGUGCAGAAAAAGCUGCCAAUUUACUAGGCACUACUGUCGAGGAAUUGAGUAGAAUAGUAUUUUCUUGCAAUGGAGGUGGUGCUGGUACACCAAGUACUCCGAGACCUGCUCUACGUACACCGAGUCCUACGGAACAGAGCAAAGAUAUCAUGGGUUUAGAUGCUUUAGAAGGUCUUUUGAUUGGACUUUAUUCUGAAAUAUUUCACUGUGUAGCUGCUCUCAUCAAUAGAUCCAUAUCAUCCUCGGUACACACAGUGUCGUCUUUGUUACUCUGUGACUCGCCAGGUUUUCAAAAUCCAGCCUCCUGUGGACAACAAACUGGAGCUUGUUUUGAAGACCUGUGUCAUAAUUACUUGCAAGAACGGUUGCAGUUGCUGUUUCAUCAUACGACACUGGUGGCACCAAAGGACAGGUAUGUCCAAGAAGGAAUUGAUGUAGAUUAUGAAGAUGACUGCGAUGAAGAUGGAAUUGGAUCACCUCAGGGUUUAAUUUCGCUAUUAGAUCGUGGAAGUUCGCAAAGUGCGACUAUGUUGCGAACUAGCCAAAGUGACUUGAGUGGGAGUAGACAAAUGGAACGAAAAGGUCUGCUAUGGUUAUUAGAUGAAGAAACAGUAUGUCCUGGUGGUAGUGACGAAACAUUUUUAGAUCGACUGUUCUCUCAUUAUGGAGAUAGAGAUCAUCAAAUAUUGCUUAGAAAAGCACCUGGAAACAAUCAGUUUGUUUUACAACAUCUAUUAGGUACUAAUCCUGUACUUUAUACAGCAACAGGAUGGCUGAAAGCAACACGAGAAAAUCCUGUUACUAAAAGUGCCAUUACAAUACUUCAAGAAAGCACAAGAGAAGAUGUUAGUAUGCUGUUUGUUAGUGCACGUGGAGCUGGAGUUUCUGGAACCUUAUGCAGUUCCAUGCCUGGUUUAGAGGGGUCACAAUCACUAAGAAGAGCAUCUAGUAUACGACGAACAUUUACUGCCGUAAAAAGAAAAAAUAUCUGUCUUCAAGUCAAAUUUACUGUUGAUGGUCUGAUUGAAACUUUACGAAGAACACGAGUUAAAUUCAUCCACUGUAUAUUACCACAACACAAUGCUGGCUGUACUGAUAAUAAGAGUCUGUUAUCCGUAAAAUCUAAUCAAAGCGAGGAUAGUGUUAUUAAUGUUCCUCUUCUUCGAUCGCAGAUCCGUGGAAGUCAAAUAAUUGAUGCAGUUCGAUUACAUAAAGUAGGAUUUCCUAAGCAUAUAGCGUUAGGCGAGUUCAGAAGACGAUUCAGUUUAUUAUCAAGCGAUGUAAAUACGCGACCAGGUAGUCCUGUAGCUGAUGAACGUCGCGCUGUGGAAGAUAUGAUGCUUACUAUCGAUGUCGAUCCAGCUUUAUAUCGAGUUGGUCAAAGUCAGAUGUUUUUCAGAUCAGGUACCCUGGAGCGACUCGAGGCCCAGAGAGACGAGAAGCUAACUGGACACAUUAUUCUUCUUCAAGCAAGGUGUAGAGGUUAUCUGGCACGUCGUAAACUCAACACUUUGAAACUGCAAGAUCUUGCAGUUAGAUGCAUACAAAGGAAUGUGAGGAAGUGGAUGUCCGUAAGAGAAUGGCCCUGGUGGAGAUUAUACGUGAAAGUUGCACCUUUAUUGAACGUCCAUCGAACAGAGGAUCAAUUGAAGGCAAAGACGGAGGAACUUGAGAUUCUCAAAACGAAAGUGGAACGAUUGGAGCAGGAACGGAAUCAUCUGAAACACGACAAUGAUAGAUUGGAAGCUAAGUUGAGCGAAAUGACCGCCGAUUUUGCAGAAGAGCAUUCGACGUCGACACUGGCGGCCGAGAGAAUCGACGCCGAAACAUCGGAGCGUCUGCGACUGGAACGUGAACUCCAGGAUAUAACCGAGGCGAAUAAGAAUCUCCAGCAGACGACUGAACGUCUGGAAAUGGAACUUUUGUAUGCAAGGGCCGCAGAUUUGAACGGUGUCGCAUCGGAUGCCGAGGAUGGCGAAGACGGUGGCGUAUACAAACAGAGAUACGAACACGCCGUGAGAGAGCUCGAGUUCACAAAAAGAAAAAUGGCGCAACAGCACGAGGAUGAUCUUGAACAGCUUGUCGGGCUUAAGAAGCAAUUAGAGAAGAAGUUAGCCGAUGCUUAUGAAGAAGUGGAAGAACAACGUCAAGUCGUCGGACAAUGGAAGAGACGCGUCCAAAAAUUGAACGGCGAAAUGCAUGAUCUAAGAUUAUUGCUUGAGGAACAAACAGCCAGGAAUAAUCUUCUGGAAAAGAAACAGCGCAAGUUCGAUUCGGAAACUCAAAAUUUAAUGAACGAUCUACGACAAGAAAAAGCGCAACGUGAAAGAUUAGCCAGAGAAAAAGAAAUUGCGAUUGCAGAGAAAUUUACCAUAGAGCAAAAUCUUAGCGACGCAAGAUUAGAAAUCGAAUUAAAGGAAGAAAGAUUACGGACAUUAAGUCAAGAACUUGAAGAAUUAACAUUUGGCGGGAAAACGGAAGAGGAAGUAGCACAGUUGAAAAAAGCGAAGCACGAAUUAGAGAAAAGAGUAAAAGAUCAAGAAGAAGAGUUAGAUGAUCUUGCUGGUCAAGUGCAGCUUCUUGAGCAAGCGAAGCUGAGGCUAGAGAUGAGUAUCGAGCAACAGCGUAAAGAAAUACGCAAAGAAAUGCAACAAAGGGAUGAGGAACUGGAAGAUGUGCGUGGUAACGCAUUGAAAAAAGUGAAAGCUUUGGAAUCACAGCUGGAAAACGAACAUGAGGAGAGAACGAUAUUACUUCGAGAAAAACACGAGCUGGAACGUCGUUUGGUUGCUAUUGAGGAACAAGAUCGUGCUGAACGUGCCGCAGAAGCUGAAACUAUGCAUAGGUUGAAGAGAGACUUGAAAAGAACCAAAGCUUUGCUAAGAGAUGCUCAAACGAUGCUGGAGAGAUCAAAAGGCGAUUCGACUGGUAAGGCAGCUCUACGACAAUUAAAAAAUCAAUUGGAGGAUGCAGAAUGUGCUAGAGCAACUGCUGUCAAAGCGAAACAAGCAUUGGAACAAGAAUUAAAUGAGACACAGGCUUCGCUAGAGGAAGCUCAACGACAACGCUCUGAAGCGGAAGAACGGGCAAAUAUAGCUAGUCGUGAACGAACUGAGCUAUUAUCACAAUUGGAAGAAAACGAAGAAGAGUUAGCUGAAGUUUUAAAGAAAUAUCGGGCAGCAGUGCAGCAAGUAUCGGCAGAACAGGGUCAAUUACAAGAAGCACAAGUACAGAUUGCUGCAUUAGAAGCGGAAAAGUCUGCCUUGAAGGAUCAAUUAUCAGAGUUGACACAACGACUCGAAUCCGUUGAACAGCUCGGUGAUCCAACUGCCAACAGUCUUGCUACACGGCGACUCGAGUUCCGUGCCAAGGAACUCGAAAGUAAGCUAGAAUUGGAACAAACCACGAGAGCACGUUUAGAAACUCAAAUAGCGAGAUUGAAAGAAAGUGUGGAGAAAUUACAAACUGAAUGUGCACUACUUCGUACAAAAGAACAGAGUGCCCAAGAUACUUCCAGAAGAUUGCAAAGAUCAUUACGGGAAGCAAGAGAAGAGGCCAGUUCAGCUCUAGCGCGUGAACAAGAAUCUACCCGUGCUCGUCGCGAAUUGGAAAAAUCUCUUGAGGCUGCUGAAGCAGAAACUAAAGUCGCCAGAGACGAUCUUAGAUUGGCGCUUCAAAGAAUCGAUGAUCUGCAAAGCGCUAUUCAAGGUGAACUUGAUUUGGAUUGCAGCGAGGAAGGGACAACGGAAAAUAGUGAUAGGUAUCUAUUGUAUUAAUUGUUUAAUUAAGUAAUGGAAUGAUUGAUGGGUAUGUUAUUAUGUUGCAUGAUAAUAAAUUAUGUGUAAUAUGCAAAAAUAUUCAUAGGAAUAUGUAAAAUAUAUAUAAUAAAAAUAUGAAAUACUUCUGUUCA